AUGGGGAGAACCGUGGUGCAAAUCACCUUCAUCAUAUUCCUGCUGGCUUUGGCUUCCACACAGCCAAACAAGGAUGACUGGGACAUCUACAGCUUUCACAUCAACUCCACAGUGACCAGUCGUUAUGCCACCACUGUCAUCACAAGCCGUGUGGCCAAUCGUAUGAACGAGUCAAAGGAAAUUGAAUUUCAUGUUCAGAUUCCCAAGAAUGCCUUCAUCAGUAAAUUUCGAAUGUUUAUCGAUGGCCAGGUUUAUGAUGGUGUUGUAAAAGCUAAGGAGCAAGCUCAGCAGCAGUACACUGAAGCUGUGUCCCGUGGUGAAAGUGCUGGACUUGUCAGUUCUGUAGGGAGGACACUGGAGGAAUUUAAGACCUCUGUAACUGUGGCUGCUCACAAAAAGGUCACUUUUGAACUCACAUAUGAGGAAUUAAUGAAACGCACACAUGGCAAGUACGAGCUGCAAAUUCAUGCUCGACCCACACAGCCUGUCAGUGACUUCAAGGUGGAUGUGUACAUUCACGAGGAAGCUGGCAUCAGUUUCAUCAAUGUGAAAGGAGGCCUGAGCACCAAUGCCCUCGCUAAUGCCAUCACCAAAACACAUGCAGAUAAACAGGCGUGGGUGUAUUUCUAUCCAACAGUCGACCAACAGAAAAUGUGUGACAGCUGUGGAGAUCAAGGUAUGAAUGGAGAUCUGGUUAUAGUUUACGACGUUAACAGGGAUAAUGGACUGGGACACAUCAAGAAAUCUGACGGGUACUUUGUUCAUCAUUUUGCACCAUCUGAUCUUCCACGGAUACCAAAAAAUGUCGUCUUUGUUAUUGAUCAAAGUGGCUCAAUGGAGGGCAGAAAAAUUGAGCAGACUAGGACCGCAUUAAUCCACAUUCUGAAUGAUCUGGCAGAAGAUGAUCACUUUGGUCUGAUCACUUUUGAUGACAGAAUUUCUUACUGGAAGCAAGAACUCGUUCAGGCCAACAGCAAAAACCUGGAAAGUGCCAAAAACUUUGCACGCAAUAUUCAACACAGAGGAUACACAAACAUAAAUAAAGCAGUGCUGCAAGGAGCACGUAUGCUGAAUGCACAUAACAGAGAAGGUUCAGCAUCUAUCCUUAUACUUCUCACAGAUGGAGACCCAACCUCAGGGGUGACAAAUCUGGAGAAAAUCCAGUCAAAUGUAAGACAGGCUAUUGCAGGCAAAUUCCCACUGUACUGUCUCGGUUUCGGUUUUGAUGUUAAUUUCAAUUUCCUUGAGAAAAUGUCGCUGCAAAAUAACGGUGUGGCACGACGGAUUUAUGAAGACUCUGAUGCUGAUUUACAGCUGAAGGGUUUCUAUGAAGAGGUGGCCACACCUCUACUGACAGAUGUGACAAUGAUCUAUGUGGGUGGGACCAAUCUAACCCAGACUAACUUCAGUCAGUAUUAUAAUGGCUCUGAGAUUGUGGUAGCCGGUGAGAUCACAGAUAAUAACAUUGAAACCUUCACCCCUCAAGUUGUGGCUAUUUCAAGUAAUAGAAGAAUAAUGUUCUCUAACCCAAAUGAAACCGUGGAAUCCACUGGAACAGUGUCUGAUGACCGUAUCCAGAGGGUUUGGGCGUACCUCACAGUUAAACAGCUUCUGGACAAAGAGCUUCAGUUAUCUGAAACUGAGAAAGAGAAAGUGAAGAAGGAGGCUUUGGAGCUAUCACUGAGGUACAGUUUUGUGACCCCUCUCACAUCCAUGGUGGUUACAAAGCCUCCCGGAGAGAACACAGAUGUGCUUCAUAAACCCAAGGAAGGUGAAACACCACAGAGAAGGCAUUUCACUGGAGUUCCUGUUAACCGCAGGACCAGGAUCCAACAUGUUCCUGUUCAUGGCACGAGUAUGGCCAAGUUCAAACAUGCUCCUGUUAAACCCCCCAGGCAUCAGGCCCCUGUUCGUGUUUUAAAGAAAAACACUCGUGUUACACUCAGGAGUGGACUUCUAGACACUUCUAGUCAUUUUCCACUGGCACCUAAAGCUCCUGCUCCCCGUGUCCAUGUGUUCCCGUUCUUCUCUAUAGCUGCCAAUGUCCCACAGGCAACUGAUGUUCCUCUUCUUCACAGGUUUUUAAUAAACACUGAGAAUCAGACUGUUCCAUUGUGCUUUGAUGUCAGUGGCUCACUACAACUUAAACUACUUCACCAUCCCAGUGAGGAGCUGUUUGUGAAUGGUGAGCUUGAUUCAGUUGUGAAUGGAGGCUUCAACAGUAUUUUUAUACACUUCCAAACUGACCAUCAUGUUGAGAUUGACUCCAGGGGCGUGACUGUACAAGGACAGACAGUGGCACAUCACACUGGGCAGGAUACCAUCACAGCUGGGAGUAUGACAGUGGUUGUGAACAACAAGAAAAUACAUGUUACAGCUGGAAAGAUGCGCCUGGUGAUCUUAGUUCAUGAGAAGAAUGGCAACAAAUUCCUUUGGCCAGUUUUAAAAAAGCAUCGCUCGGCCAACGACUCUGAAGGACUUUUAGCUGUAAAGCCUGCAGUGUAUGAGGUGGUGCAGCAAGUUCCUGUCACAAAACUAAAGAUUAAAAACCAAGAGAUAGAUGUUACAAGUGACAACGCUACUGAUUACAGCAUCGACCCUCCUGUCACAAAGAACUGCUGGCUUAUGUCUGCUGACUCUGCCCUGCAGAGGCCACUGGCAGAUUUUUCCGUGGCACAACUUUAA